GAGAGGAGGGUCAGGGUGAGGCGGGGCAGUUGCUCCUCUCUUUGAGUGACCCACAUGCCCAGGGCGAGCCGAGCUCCCGCUCCCCAGCGACGCUCCCAACCGCUCGCCCGCAGCAGCCGGAGCCACCGAGCGGGAGCAGACGGCUUCCAGGGCAGAGGCCAGGCUGAAAAGUUACAGCUGCUCUCCUAGCUGGGUCCUUGCUCUCCUCCACCCUCCCAGCCACCGGGGUGAGAGCCCUGCGGGGCUCGAUGUCGCUGCUGGAGAACACCAGCUGGGCUGCCGAGGAAACCCAGGGCAACGAGUCCUCAGAGCACGCGUUUUUCUCUCUGGAUUAUCAACAUGUCCAAGUCCCCUUUGAGAUCACGCUCUGGAUCAUGCUGGCAUCCUUGGCCAAAAUAGGGUUUCAUCUGUAUAACAAGCUGCCUUCUGUUGUUCCCGAAAGCUGUUUAUUGAUAUUUGUAGGACUCAUCAUGGGGGGAAUCAUCUAUGGCUUAAAUGACAAGUCACCACCUGUUAUGGACAGUGACAUCUUUUUCCUCUACCUCCUGCCACCCAUCGUGCUUGACGCCGGUUACUUCAUGCCCAGCCGCCCCUUUUUUGAGAACAUGGGCACUAUCCUCCUCUACGCCGUUGUGGGAACGAUAUGGAACGUGUUUGGGAUCGGCUUUUCCCUGUACGGGAUCUGCCAGGUGAAGGCCUUUCACUUGCAGGAUGUGUCGUUGCUUCACAACCUCCUGUUUGGCAGCCUGAUCGCCGCCGUGGAUCCCGUGGCGGUGUUGGCGGUCUUUGAAGAGAUACACGUCAAUGAAAAGCUACACAUUUUGGUCUUCGGCGAAUCGCUCCUGAACGACGCGGUGACAGUGGUGCUCUACAAGCUAUUUCGAUCUUUCUGUGAAAUGCCAACCAUCAAAAGUAUGGAUGUGUUUGCUGGAGUUGGAAAAUUCUUUGUGGUUGGGCUAGGAGGAGUUUUAGUUGGUCUGACUUUCGGGAUGACUGCCGCCUUUACCACACGAUUCACCAAGGAAAUCCGUGUCAUCGAACCCCUCUUUGUCUUCCUGUACAGCUAUCUUUCCUACCUCACUGCCGAAAUGUUUCACCUUUCGGGGAUCGUGGCCAUCAUUGUUUGUGCCAUGGGCAUGAAACGUUACGUGGAGGCCAACAUCUCUCUGAAGUCUCACACCACAGUGAAAUACUUCAUGAAGAUGUGGAGCAGUGUUAGCGAUACCCUCAUCUUCAUUUUUCUUGGAGUUUCCACCAUUGGAGAAAAUCAUGAGUGGAACUGGCCAUACAUUUGCUUCACUGUCAUUUUCUGUCUCAUUUGGAGAGCACUAGGGGUUCUUGUGCUGACUUUCUUUGUGAACAGAUUUCACGUGAACACCAUCACCAGCAAAGACCAGUUCAUUAUAGCGUACGGGGGUCUCCGCGGAGCCAUUUGUUUCUCUUUGGUUUUCUUGCUUCCUGACUUUCACAGAAAGAAGCUCUUCAUUGCAGCAACAACUGUUGUCAUCCUCUUCACCGUGUUUGUACAGGGAAUGACCAUCCGCCCUCUUGUUGACUUGUUGGCUGUCAAGAGGAAAAGAGAGAGUGCUCCCACAGUGGGAGAGCAGAUCCAUAUUCGGUUCUUGGAUCAUUUGCUGGCUGGCAUUGAAGAUAUAUCUGGACACUGGGGACAGUAUUACUGGAAAGACAAAUUAGAAUAUUUCAACAGCAAAUACCUGCAGAAGAUCCUGCUUCGAGAAUACGACCAGCCAAAAUCAAGUAUUGUGCUUCUCUACGAGAAGCUGGAGCGGAAACACGCCAUCGAGCUGGCGGAGGCGGGGCAGCUGGGUCAUGCCCCAUCCCACCCAUCCCUGAUCAACAACGACAGGAGUGUCAUAACAGACAAAAAAUUGGAGGUUACUCUGAAUCCGGAUGUCCUGGAAAAUAUACAGGAAAUAUUGGCAAGGAACCUGUACCGAAUAAGGAGAACGAAAGAUGACUCCUCGUUGGCGCAGGGUGACUCCAGCUCGCAGCCCAAGCUGUGCCGCUCCCUCACCGUGGGGAGUGCAGAAAAGGUUCAGGAAGUGAAAGAGAACCGGUCGAAGUCGGUGUGUGUCAUCCCACAGUCACAGCCCAGCGAUACGGUCUGGGGGGAGAAGAAAGAAGUGGAGAAAGAGCUGACUGUGGAGAUGUAAAAGCACAAGUGAUGCUGCUGGCUUCCCAUGGGGGGGCUGACUCUGCUUUAUGGAUGGCUACUCUACGUGUAGAUAAUGUAAAUAAGAUGCAUAUGGAAAAGGACAGUAUGGACGGGGCAAAAUAUCCUGAAUGGUUAUUGCACAACGCUGGGUUUUUAAUGGGAACCAGGGGAAAAGCUGCACAGCUGAGCGCUAGCGCUGCAAGGUAACGGCUGAGAGAGAAUUUCUAAGAAACGUCUAGG